UCUAUUAGUUAAUUAUUUCAACUAGUAACUUAGUUGUAUUGUGUUGUGUUUUACUUCCAAUCGUUCGGAAUCGUUGAAGAUGGUCGCCAUACUGAGUGCACAUUAAAUUAUUUCUUAUCAAAAUCAGAAAGGAUUUGCAGAUGAGUAAUCAAUCUGAACCAUCUGUUACACCAGAGACCUUUAAGCGUCAAGGAUCAUUGAGAAGAGUGUUGCCGCCGAAUGCUAGUGGGGAAACGGCAGUUGGAAUGUCUGCAAAAAUGAUUGAAAGACCCAGACUGAGCAAUCCAAAUGUUAAAGGUUUCAAGCAGGAUUACAGCCAAUAUUUUCAAGAAUAUGGCCUGAUAAAUGAAUAUAACAUGCUGGUCAGACAGGGAUUGCCUGGGCUUUAUGUGAUACCUUCCGCCAACUCUGCUUUUGUGUGGUUUUGUGUGAUAUUUGUGAGGAAAGGCCUGUACCAAGGGGGGAUCUUCAGGUUCAAUCUUCUCAUUCCUGAAGAGUUUCCUAACUGUGGGUGUCCGCGAGUGGUGUUCGACAGUCCCAUGUUCCACCCGAGCAUCGACCCCGUCACAGGUGAGAUGGAGGUCAAGUCCGUGUUCCCGGAGUGGAAGAAGGACGUCAACAGGUUGUGGCAGAUGUUGGACCAUGUGGUACAGAUGUUCCACAGCGUCUCUACCAAGAAUGCGGUCUACUCUGAGGCAGCCCAGCUGUUUGAAAAUUCACAGGAAGAAUUUGUUAAAAAAGUGAACGAAUGUGUUCUAAAAAGUCAAGCAUCAGUUUUUGAUCCUCCUACUGUUGACGAUGCCCACUACAUUAAGUUUGACAAAUUCGACAACAACAUUCAUGACACAGUGUUAUGUUCUUUGACUGAACCAAAAGAACCACCCAAACCAUCGACCAGAGGAUUAUCCUGGGUACAAUGUGGGUCUUUGGAGCCCUUCUCUUCAACACAAUCGUGAUACAUGCUACGAUAAAACCUAAUCAACUGGGUUUCUUAACAUAACAAACUAAGCCCACAGUUGAGUUUGAAGGGAUUGUUAGUGACUUUUGUGAUGACAAAAGUGGUUUCUGUUCCUUAAGAUUUUACAGUACAGUACCUAAUGUGUAUUUUACAGAGUGAUAUUUUUCUAGUAGGAUUUAGUAGAUUGAUUCAAAUAUACUGUUAAGCUUAUUAUAUUUUAUGAUUGAUCUGUGGAAAAUUGUAUACCUAUUGUACAGGGAAAGAAACUGUAAAUAAAACUACCUUUUGCCAAGAAGAUUUACUUGCUUGCAGCACAUUUUUAUAAAUAAUUCAAUAAAUUAUUUUAAUUCCA